CUCUCUAGCAUUUCCUACGAUACUUUCUUCCUCGCUUCCUUCGAUAUAGCAUUCGAAUCCCGCCGCAGCUCCUCCGCCUCCAAGACUCGAUCGCAUACCUGAACACCACGAACGACCCAUCAUAGGUUCCUUAAGCAUCGACAUGGACAUUAGCAACCUUCCCAAACUGCUCCAACUCCCACUCGAGCUCCGUCAACAGAUUUACUCAUACCUAUGUCCGCCGUCGCCAAUCUCGAACCCCAUUCCUACCGUCGGCAUUACCUGUGUAUCCCACCGCCCACCGCCAAUUUCUUUCCUCCUCAGCUCGCAUGCUAUAAACUCGGAAGUUCAAGACUAUUAUCACUCCCUCGCGAGCUGGAAACUCAUCGCCUCACACGCCUUCAACUUCUACCGCAUCGAUCCCACCUUGUCAAAUCUCGCUAGCUCAAGACUACUGAGGCGCUUGCAAAAGGUGGAAUUGGUCUUUUGGUUCGACGGAAGUCUGCUCAAGAGUUAUCCAAGUCUCAAGCAGAGGACAUAUUGCGACGAGAUCAAGAAAAGAGCGACGAGAGCCUGCGAGAUUCUGGCUACAGCCAAGCAACUGAAAGUCGUCCAGGUGAGUUGGGUCGACACUGUUACUGACACAGAUGUGGAAGAGAAGUUGCCCGUCUUGGAGUCGUUGAGCAAGUUGGAUAAAACAGUGCGCUUUGAGAUUGGUUGUUUGGAGUGGAGUAAUGCCCAGGCUUCUCAGGAAAAGGACUUGUUCGAGACGAAGGUCAGGGCUCACAUCGAUGCCGUUCAUCUGGCCGCUCCUUCUUGACUUUGCUGUCUAUGUGUUGUAUCUUUACAUACGAAGGCUGUUUAUGAUUCACGAUUUGAGAGCCCUCGUUGGUAGUACCCACUGCUCUUCUCUUUUACACCGCAAGGCUGACUCUGUGUCUACCCUGAGUCACACGAUGCUGUCCUGCCCAUCAUGUCGAAGUCAUGUCACUUCGUGGAGCAUUCAACCGCUCGGAUUGCCCA